AAAUUUCCGCCCAGGCCGCGUUGCACAAGGCCGGGGCCGCUAAAAGGCGGCGGGGGCUGCGGGGCGGCACGGGGCGAGGAUGGCGAGCUGCUGGGUGCUGCUGCUGCUGGGCCUGGGGGGGGCCUGCGCCCUGCCCGCCCCGGCCCCCCUCGCCUACAGCCAGGCGCUGGCCCAGGCCGUGGACUCCUUCAACCAGCGCCCCGAGGUGCACAACGCCUUCAGGCUGCUCAGCGCCGACCCCGAGCCCGCCCCGGAUGUCCAGCUCAGCUCCCUGCGGACCCUCAACUUCACCAUCAUGGAGACGCGCUGCCCCGUGCGCACCGGCGCCCGCCCCGACUCCUGCGACUUCAAGGAGGACGGGGUGAUCAAGGAUUGCUCCGGCCCCGUGGUGCUGCAGAGCGGCCGCCCCGCGCUCGAUGUCACCUGCGUGGACUCCACGAUGGAGCCCCGCCAGGUCAAGCGCUUUUGGCAGCUGGUGCCGCUGGCCAUCAAGAUCUACAGGGCCUGGAAGAGGAGAUGAGCCCCCCCCGCAGCCCCCCGACGCCGCUGUCCCCCCCUUUUGGUGUCCCCCCCCCCCAAAUAAAGCUGCU